AUGAACCGAGAUCCGCCUUUCGCCGCCGCCGAUGAUUUGGACGGUGAGGACUACUCCGCCUCCGGCUGCUCUUGCUUCCGCCUGUUCUGCUUCGGUUCGGGCAGAGACGCCGUCGAAGGCCGGGGCUUGCUGCAACCGGGAGGCGAGCAGAAGGAGAGCCAGAGAUGGGUGGCGACGAAGCUGAGAGAGGUGAAGGAGGCGUCGGAGAUGGUCGCGGGGCCCAAGUGGAAAAACUUCAUCAGGAGGAUUAGCAAGUAUUUCAACAAGAAAUACAGAAACCAGUUUCAGUACGAUCCUCAAAGCUAUGCUCUCAACUUCGACGACGGAGUUGGGGAAGACGACGACGAUGGCUACAUGUUUGGCUAUUCUUCGAGGUUUUCCGCUCCUUUCUCCGGGGAACAACGGAGAGCAGCUGGGUUGUGA